AUGGCGGACAAUGAGGAAACCGUACCUGCGGCCCUGUCUUCUGUCCUCGAAAUGCAGGUGGAUGUGAUAGGGUCGCCCACUGAGGUCGCAGACACGUCGGACGUCGACAUUGUCAAUUCUCCCGUCUCUGAAGGGGGAACCUUCGUCAAGGAGGAGGAGAAGGUCAAGACCAAGCUCGAGAAACGAAAGCGGGAGCGGAAGAAGCAAAAGGAUGGCAUGGCCCCUCCCGUCUUCAACACCGUUCCGGACAGCGAGGAUGAGGAUCUUGAGAGUCCCUCCAAGAGGUCCAAUGGGUUGCCCAGUGGAUCGGGAGAACGGCCUCUUCGUGCUUCUGAUAUCAAGGAGAUCCUCGUUGGCCAUGUGCAGGAGAUGAAGAAUGCCUGGACUUCCUUUCAAGGUCGGCUUGAAAGGGUGGAGCAAGAGCAGUCCAAGACCAAUGACACGAUGCGCUCUUUGCUGGACAGGACCCAGGUUGUUGAAAAGGAUGUCCUCCACCAGCGACAGGUGGCACAGGAGCAGGCGGUCAACCUUGACAGCCUCACAACUGAUGUUAAGAACAUGAAGGUCCGUCUGGAUGCGAUGGAAAAAAGUGGGAGGAAUUUGACAGCCCCCCCUGCAACUGCGGCUGGCAACCCUGACCCAUGGGGUGAAUUUCUGCGUAGACGUGAUCUCGGACAUGCUUCUGAAGGUGCCAAAGCUGCUGGGGGUGCUUCUGGAUCUGGAGAUGUGCCUGACAAGGGUGACCUUUUGACCGAGGAUGAGAAGAAGACACUGGUGCUCGGAGGGUGGCUUCAGGAUACAAGGAGGAGCACCAUCGAAGAAGAAUCCGCCUUUCUUUUCGAGCUUCCCGAAGUGAAGGACAUUGUUGACGCUGAGAAGCUGUUGGUGUAUGGACCGCGUCGCUCCGUUGGCAUGCUGAAGUUCAAGAUUCGCGAAGGGGAAACCGAGAGGGAGAUGCGUGAACGCAUGUGGCAAGUCAUCCGGGUCUUGGCACAAGCAAAGCACAUCCUGCCAAGCACAAGGACGGCUGGAGAUGAUCGGUCGCUGUGGGCUAGUUUCGUGAAGACCAAGAACGCGCGCCUCCGAAGCUCCCAUGUCAGCAUGAUCCGGAGGGUGACUAUGUCCUUGGCGAAAGAUGCUCACCACGCCAGUGGCGGCAGGCAUGGGAAUGGGUUGAAUCUGCAAACUACGGCCUACGACUGUGACUGGAACUUAGGGGGGUGGGUGAGCAUCACAGCGGUGGCAAGAACGGCUCUCUGUUCUACCGAGGAGGCAAAGCGUGCCUUCGAGGAGAUUCGUGGCCCGCCUUCAGGCUUGUGUGCAAAACAUCGCUGGGGGCGAGUUGGCCAAUGGAACAUUGCAGGGCAGAAACUUGACUUGCUUGACGUUGCCGCAAAGGACCUUGACAUUCUCUUCGUUCAGGAGAUUUCGCGGGACAAGCCGGGGUGGGAGCAGCUGGAUCGGGAUGAAUUCCACUGGGUCGUACAUCGCAAGGCUGAGCAAUGGCGUGGGGUCGGAAUCGGCAUCGCCGGGGAUAAGUUCGACUCCGUCGUCUUUAAGAAGGCCACGAGCAGAGGCAUCUGGGUGGUUGCUCGUAUCGUUGGGAUCGGGAGGCUGGUUCUUGGCUCCAUACAUUGUCACACCGGUGUCACCAACGCUGUCUACCAAGCUGCAGUCCACGAGUUCUUCAGCUCCUGUCCGCGAAAAUACAGGCAUCUUCCUCUGCUUUGUGGUGUUGAUGCAAAUGAGGUCCCCAAAUGGGUUCAAGGUGACUCCUCCGCUCUUGAGGUCUCUGACAGUGGAGCGAACCUCAAUGCCCUCCUCCAUCAGAGCAUGCUUCAGGGGAUCAAGCCGGUCUCGCCUCAAGCAGUUUUCGCGCGUGCCUGGACUCAUUUCCCUCGUGAUGAACGGCGCUCAGGAAGGCACAUCGACAUGCUGCUCAGCCGCCAAAUGCACGUCUCCGCUUUUGAAGUUGACCCCGACCGACGCCUAGCCAUUGGCUCUGAUCACGCUCUACUUUUUGCUGACAUUUGGGUAGCUGGUGGACCUGCUCGAGUUCGUUGGACAAAGGAUUCGCGUGCCAGAUGGGUCACCCAGAACCUUCCGGAUGUGAUCAUUGUUGAUGAUGGAGACCUCACC